CAGAGCCUGGAGCCUGCUUCAGAUUCUGUCUCUCCCUUUCUGUCUCUCCUCCUACCCUGCGGCGUGCGCGCUCUCUUUCUCUCUCAAAAGUAAAUAUUAAAAAAAUAAUAAAGUGGAGCCCUUGCCAUGUGCUGAGUACCUUUCCAGCAAUUGUAAAAGCCCCAUCCUGUAAUCAUAACAUCCACUGGACUCUGGACCCUGGGUUUCAUCACUGUCUGGCCUUUACCUGCUGAACGGGCCCAGUAGACAGAUGCUCCCAGGAGGAAUCUGAGCUCACUUCCUGAGUUCCCGCAGUAGAGACCAGCACUCUCCAGAAGGACUCUCUGUAAUGGUGGAAGUGGGAUGUCCAGUAUGGGGCCCGCUGACCACACGUGGCUGUCAGCACUUGAAAUGUGCCUUGUGUAACUGAGGGACAGUAUUUUUACAUUUUUAUUUAUUUAUUUUAAAUGUUGUUUUUGAGAGAGAGAGCAAAGGAGGGGCAGAGACGGGGACAGAGGAUCUGAAGCCGGUUCUGUGCCAUCAGCACGGAGCCCGAUGCAGGACUUGAACUCACAAAGGGUGAGAUCGUGAUCUGAGUCAAAGUCGGAUGCGCAGCUGACCGAGCCACCCAGGCGCCCCGUUUUUAAAUUAUUAACUAAUUUAAAUUGAAUAGCCCCAUGUGGUUGGCUCAUUGGGCAGUGCAGGGAUGGCAUUAGAAGGAAAACAGCAGUGUGGAACAAAGUUGAACUUGUUACUUAUCGAGGGAAGCCCUGUCACUCAGGCAUGCAAUCAGCAGGCUUUUCCACCCGGCGCUGGAAGGGCCGGAAGGAGGAAGUAAGCCCAGUAGGCAAGAUUCAGAGCGCAGGUCUCUGGCUGGCCCCUGUAGCCGAUGACCUUCUCUGCCACAGGUCUCCGGGUUUCGUGUCACCGGUGCCCUGUACCUGGCGUCGGCCGGGGCUGGGUGCACGGUACAGCCCUGCAGCGGGCUUUGCCGUGGAUGUGCUGGUGGCAAUGCUGGAGGACUUGUCCCUUUACCAGUUUCCUCGCUCCGCCGCUGCCGCCUGACCACUCAGACCUCGGGGGAGCCACUUUCCCUCUUCAUCUGCCAGUCGGGGGACUGAACGUACUUUGCUUACAGAGUAGUUGUGAGGCCCAGAUAAGGCGAUCCCUAAAAAUACUCAGCUCAGUAUUUUGCAACGCGGUAGACGUCUUGAAUGUUGAUAGUUACGCUUACUUCUAGGCACUUUUUAUGUAUGGCGCUAUCGUGGAUGAGACCGUUUUCUUCAUUUUCCAGUUGUUUGCCGCUAGUGUAUGAGUACAAUUGGUUUUUGUGCGUUAACCUUGUAAUCUGCAAACUUGGUUAAUCGUUUUAUUAAUUUUAGUCAUUGUUUUAUAGGUUUUCCUGGGACUCUCUGUGAAACAAUCGUAUCUUCUGCGCUGUCACCUCUCCUUUUUUGUUUUGUUUUAAUUCUUUAUUGCAGCGUUUGAAACACAGUGUUGCGUAGCAGUGGUGAGCAUAGCGGCCUUUUCUCCAUCGUGGGUAACAGUCCAGUCUUUCUCCAUCCCGUGUGAUGGCCGCGUGGGCCAGAUGCCCUUUGUCAGCUUGGAGAUGUACCCUCCCGUUCCUCAUUUGCCGCAGCGUUUCCUUUUCCUGAUCACAAAUGGCUGUUGACUUGGGUCAGGAGCCAUGGUGCCUUCGAGGCUUCUCUCAGUAGGACCGCGGACCGUGUUUGGGGGCGUGGGGCGCUGGACUCGGGUCGCGCCCGGCCAGCUCCCGUGGCACGCUCCCCCCAGGCUGCUCUCGGCCAGCUGUGCGGACCUCUCCAAGCACCAGGAGCCCCCCGGAAAGAAACCGCUCUCCGAGAAGAAGCUGAAGAGGCAUUUUGUGGACCAUCGCCGAGUGCUCAUCCGAGGGGGAUGUGGAGGCGACGGGGUGAGCUGUUUCCACAGUGAGCCCCGGAAGGAGUUCGGAGGCCCCGACGGUGGUGAUGGAGGUGACGGUGGCCAUGUCAUCCUGAAAGCUGACCAGCAAGUCAAGUCGCUGUCCUCUGUGUUGUCGCGGUACCAGGGUUUCCACGGGCAAGCCGGCGGCCGGAAGAACUGCUCCGGGCGAGGCGGCGCUGUCCUCUACAUCCGGGUCCCUGUGGGCACCUUAGUGAAGGAGGGCAGUGAAGUCGUAGCUGACCUGUCCUGCCCGGGCGCGGAGUACGUCGCCGCUCGGGGAGGUGCAGGAGGAAAAGGCAACCGCUUUUUCCUGGCCAAUGACAACCGUGCACCGGUGACCUGUACCCCCGGGCAGCCCGGUCAGGAACGUGUCCUCUUCCUGGAGCUCAAGACGGUGGCCCACGCCGGGAUGGUUGGGUUCCCCAAUGCCGGGAAGUCCUCGCUUCUCCGGGCCAUUUCGAACGCGAGGCCUGCCGUGGCGUCCUACCCGUUCACCACCUUAAAGCCCCACGUUGGGAUUGUUCGCUGUGACGAUCACCAACAGAUAGCAGUGGCGGACAUCCCGGGCAUCGUCCGGGGCGCGCACCGGAACAGGGGCCUGGGGAGCGCCUUCCUCAGGCACAUCGAGCGCUGCCGCUUCCUCCUGUUCGUGGUGGAUCUCUCGGAGCCAGAGCCGUGGACUCAGCUUGAGGACCUGAAGUGGGAGCUGGAGCAGCACGAGGCCGGCCUGUCCCAGCGACCCCACGUGGUCGUGGCAAAUAAGGUCGACCUCCCCGAGGCCAGGGCUGCCGUGCCCUGGCUGCGGGCGCGCCUGGGCCCGAGCGCCGUCGCCCUGUCGGCGGCCACCGGGGAGAACGUGGAGGCGCUGCUGCUGCGUCUGCAGGAGCUCCACCGCCAGCACGAGGCCACCGAGCUGCAGCACGGCCGCCAGCCGCUCAGGUGGUAGGCACCCCCCCCCCCCCCCCCCCCCCGCUCGGCGCGGAGACGAGAGUCGCUUGCGAAGAAGAAUCGGCAGGCAGCGUUGGUGCCGCGCCCACCGGGGCUCCCCCUCCGGCAGACUCCGCCCCUCCCGUACCCGCCGGCGGGCGGAGGGGGUCUCGUGCAUGUCGCUCGGCGCCCUCAUCGGCGAGGACCCCGUGGCCGUCACAUGCGGCCGAGCGGCCUGAACUUAGAUGAGCCAAGCGGAAAACCGCGCCCCGGGCCCGAGCGGGAGGCGCGGGCCCAGGAGCCCCCACACCGGAACCGUCAGUGCCGGCAGCCGCCCCCGAGGCCCGCACGUCCUAGGAGGGGACAGGAGGGCGCGGGGACCGGGUGCGCCCACAGGCGCGAGGCUCUUCUCAAAUGCCCCCGUCUGAGAGCAGCAGGAAGGGCGACGCCUCCCCGGUUGUUCCCAGACGGAGCUGUGCUGCGCGGAGCCGCUUGCGUCACGACUGAAUGCACCCAAUAUCCGACCCGGGGACGCGGCUGGCUCCCGGCCGCGUGCGGCUUAUUAACUCAGGGCGCAGACUUGUGUUCCCCCCAGAUAAAGUCUGACGCUUGGGGCACGGCCCUGAGGACCCUUUAGGGACAAAGUGGAUGGGGAGCAGGGGACCCUGGAUCCUGUGGGGACUAGCCACGGGGGUCCCCGCCGCCGGCUGCUGGGCCUGGGGGGCUGGGUGCCGGGCGCCCCCUCAGAUGAUAAACUUGACCUGAGCCCUCAGGAGCAGCUCCGUUCUGAACUUCCGUCACAUCUGCGCUGGAACCAGAGUCCCUUGCCUGCAGCUUUAUUUUAAUGUCUGAUAAUUUCCGAGGUCCUUGUGUUCUGGAAACACAGAUGGGUUUUGCGAUCUCUUUGCUCUCUCUGGGGCCACCACAAAGGCUUUCGUAGAGCCGCAUUAAUUAUCGUGGCCUUUCAUCUCUGGCUGGGCCCCGGCACGCGGUACUCUGCACAGGGGCGACACUGGCUGCCUCCCCGCGUCUGCCCUGCUCUCGGCCGGGCCCCCGGCAGCCUCAGCGCCUGACCCAGAAGACGCUCUAAUAAAUAUUUAUGGAACGAA